UCAAGUUGGAUCACGUGACUCUCCUGGCGCAGUCUGGUUACCAAGGAAACGGAUUCUUCCCUCGUUCAGUGGUGCUGUCGCUCCUAAACGUCCUGAAAAGAAAAGCGCGUGCUCCUUUUCAGUCGCCGUAGGCCAAGAUGUACUACCAAAGAAACGGCGUAUCUUUCCCACCUCCCAUCAGCCGAGACAGAGUGAUAUGGGAAUUCCCAAAGUGUUACACAAGUGAAGCGUGUCUACAUCAGAGGAGUGACUGGGACAUCCAGACUGCUUCGUCAUGUGAAGCCAGAGCAACCAGGCAACCAUGGGAUCGUCAGAAAAUGUCCAAAGUGGUGGUUGUUGGAGACCUCAACGUGGGGAAGACUUGUCUUAUAAACAGGUUUUGUAAAGAUGUGUUUGACCGAGACUACAAGGCCACAAUAGGCGUGGACUUUGAGAUUGAGAGGUUUGAGAUCACUGGGGUACCCUUUUCCCUUCAGAUAUGGGAUACAGCGGGUCAGGAGAAAUUCAAAUGCAUCGCCUCUGCCUACUACAGAGGGGCACAGGUUAUUGUUUCAGUCUUUGACAUGGCUGAUAUCAAGUCCCUGGAGCAUACACGUCAGUGGCUGACAGAAGCCCUUCGAGAGAAUGAGCCUGGCUCCUGUUUUAUUUUCUUGGUGGGAACCAAGAGCGACCUCCUGCCUUCUGAAGAGAGACAGAGGACAGAGAAAGACGCCUUGAGAAUGGCAGCGGAUGUAAAUGCAGAGUUUUGGACUGUGUCCGCCAAAACAGGUGAAAAUGUCAAUGACUUUUUCUUCAGAGUGGCAGCGCUAGCCUUUGAGAACUGUAUCCGGAAAGACAUGGAGGACGGUGUCCCACUCAGUAUCGGACAGCGAAGUAGUAUUACAGAAUCAGAUCGAGUCGUCCUGGCAGAGACUGAAAUGAAAGACAUGAAGAGAAACUGCUGCUGAAGAUCCACUAGCCAUUGACCUUGGAUUCUGAUGAGCUGUGGCAGAUGUUUAGCGCCUGAAAAUAUGCACUCAAGGCUGAUCAGACAGAACUCCAUCUAGGUGUUUAAAACAUCUGUGGGUGACAGAACAGCCAAACAUCACAAUAUGCAUUGAUUCGUGCGCUUCAGAUAAGUUGGUCUCACUGAUUCUUCACAUUGCCAUUUUAUAUUUGGGGAAUUUGAGUCAAAUUGAGUGCUUGAAGUAUUAUUUGUACUGCAAGCUGUUGACAUGAUGGUGUACUACUGUUUUUUAAUUUCAUGGGACAUAGUUUUUUAAUGAUAAGGUGGGAAAGCUGCAUAAUAUAACACUAUUUUAUUAGUGUGAAAUGACUAAUGGCAGCUUGUCAAACUUACUGAUCAUUUAUAAGAAGCUGUGUCUUUAAAAACCAUUGUACAUCAGAGGAGCCACCCACUGCUGCAGAUGUUUCAAACAAUGCCGGACUCUGCUACUUUGACCUUCCAACUUCACUGGAUUUUAGAGUGGUCACCCCACUUGACCAGCAUCUUGUCAGCUGGCGUAUGACCUCUGCAGGACUUGACAGAUCAAGAAUCCGGGAACUGCUCCUUCUCCUUGCCUUAUGCCUCUUCAGCCACAGUCAUUUAUCUGCACUGCAGUGCUGUUGCCCAGUUUCUUAGCUGAUCCAAAGCAUAGUCAGUGCUCCAUACUGACAUUAACCUAACAUAAUAAAUACAUUUGCAAUGGUAU